UCAUUAGGAUGUGUGAAAGAUAUGGUCUUGUUAAAGAAAUUAUUGAGGAGACUUCCAUUUACUUACCUUAGUCAGCAUAAUAAAAAUGUGGUUAUGUUUUUGCUGUUGAGUACUGUUGUGAAUGAUGAAUACAACUGUACUCAGGAGAAAUUGGAAAUCCUGGUAACAACUACAUCUCUGUUAAGGAAUCAGAAAUCUAUUAAUGUGCUAAAUAUGAUUGACAUUGAUCAAUUGCUUAAAUGGCUAUUCCUGAAGACUAAACAAUGCCGCUUUGUGUUCAUUCAUCUAAGACAAUUCCUUUGUUUCAAGAACCAGCUGAGCAUGUAUCGGAUUUUUUGGUUGAAGGAUGAGAUAACACCAAAUACACCUCAAAGUUUAGACACACUGAUAUCUCAUGAAGUUGAUCUUUUAAUUAGAUAUAUUGUAGAUAGCUCAGAAUCCCGAAGGACAAAGAAUUUAAUGCAGAACUUAUCAGAUUAUAUUACUACUUCAGAAGAACUUCCUUGUGAUAAGGAGACACGUUUACAUGUUGCUGUUUUAUUGCUGUGGGUUUGCCAGAAGAAGAUUAAACCAAAAUUCACGAUACUACCCAGGUCUAGGAAGUAUAAGAAAUUGAAAAAAGCUGAGACUAAAGUGGCUGAGGAAGGCGAAGAGUCCCGCGAAGCUGCCUAUGAGCAUUUAUCAUCUUGGAUACUGAAAUUCUUGAAGAAAGCAGACAUGGCUACUAUUCAACCACCUACUGCUGCUUCACUCCUAAUUGCGCAUACUAUUAUUUUAUCAGAAGAAGCAAAGAACUUUGGAGAUAUACAAAACCACACUUCUCAACAAGAUUCAGAAAAAGAAGGUCAAACUGAAAUUCAUAAUACUGCAGAAGUUAAGCAUAGUAAAAAGAAAACCCCAAAGUGUAUGAAACUUCUUGACCAUAGUUUAAAGCUUUGUGAAUUGUGUGUAUUAGGCAAUAAUGGAUAUCUGGUAGAGCAUGCCUUAAAUUUUUAUCAAAAGCUGGGGGAGCAUCAUUCUUCACUAUGUUCUUAUCUGCCUCAGGAUUUCUUCAGAGCUAAUUGGGUAAUUUUGUGUAAUGAGAAUCUUUGGUCGAAAAACAGUGACUUAAAGCAGGUACUGCAAUCCUGUCUGAAUUCCUUCAUCCUCAUAGCUACAGAUGAUGAAUUUGAAAAUGUGCUUAAAAAGCUAAUCGGAGAUAUUCAGACAUUGGCAAAUAUUUCUCAUACACUCACAAUUUGGCAGAUAGUAAUAUCAUCACAACUAGACCGAAAGAAGGUUGUGGUGAGACGUAUUGCCGAAAGACACUUAACCUUAUGGCUCAUAAACUUGGUGACCUUGAAGAGUUCAGAUGUGUCUUCUCACACAUUGCUGUCAGUAGUGGAGACACUGCAAGUGAUAGUCAAGAGUAAUUCCAUGAUGACAAAACAGAGUAGAGGGCUUUUUAUGAAACUCUCCACAUCUUUACCUUUAUUACCGUUGCCACUUGAGUAUUUUUACAAGAUUUUCAGGAUUUUAAUUGAUAUAGUUACGUCUGUUGUAGUAAGCAGUUCAGAUUGUAUAAAGGAAUGUAUACCAUCCAUCUUGAUAUUUGUUGGACAGUUUUCUGAAGCCCUAAUUUCUCAUUCUAACCGGAAGAACAAGCUUAAUGAGCAAGAAAUAAAGAUGCUUGUUCAGUCUAGUGCCUUGCUGGAAGUGUUUGCUGGAUCACUGACAUCUUUAAGGCCAUUCUUUAAAAAUGUUAUGCAUGUGGCUUUGGGUAGAAUUAUUGUAUGUCUUCAGAGUACUUCAGUUUACCCAGAUGUAAAGGUUAUACUUGAGAAUAUUAUCUACCAUUUACUGGAUAUAUGCAGUCGUCACAGUUUUAACCAUCUCAGUGUGACCCUUCCCUCCACAAGUGCAACAUUGCUCAAGCAUCUCUACAAGAAUUAUGAGAACUUUUAUAGAUAUCACUCCCAUGUAAGAAAGGGAAAACUUUAACUUAUAUAUACCAUGUACUCAAUUGGAUUUUAUGUACCAUGCAGAUAUUUUAUCAUCAUUCUUGAUAAUCAUACUCAAAUUUUA